AUGUCCAAUGUUGUCUUUCUCCUUUGCUCUUGCUUCUGCUCCACAGUCCCCAUCCCCUCCAAAGCCAGCAGCCUCUCGGCCCUCUCACUGGCCAGAGACAGCCUGGUUGGCGGCAUCACGAACCCCAGUGAGGUCUUCUGCUCCGUGCCAGGCCGGCUGUCGCUGCUCAGCUCGACAUCCAAGUACAAGGUGACAGUGGGGGAGGUCCAGCGGCGACUCUCGCCUCCCGAGUGCCUCAACGCCUCACUCCUGGGUGGUGUCCUUCGCAGGGCCAAGUCCAAGAAUGGAGGCCGCUGCCUGCGGGAACGGCUGGAGAAGAUUGGGCUCAACUUGCCAGCUGGCCGACGCAAGGCCGCCAACGUGACGCUGCUCACUUCACUGGUGGAGGGAGAGGCCAUACACCUGGCCCGAGACUUCGGCUACAUCUGUGAGACCGAGUUCCCAGCCAAGGCAGCUGCCGAGUACCUGUGCCGACAGCAUGCUGACCCUGGGGAACUGCACAGCCGCAAGAACAUGCUGCUGGCUGCCAAGAAGAUCUGUAAGGAGUUUGCAGACCUGAUGGCUCAGGACCGCUCGCCACUGGGCAACAGCCGCCCUGCUCUCAUCCUGGAGCCCGGAGUGCAGAGUUGCCUGACACACUUUAGCCUCAUCACCCAUGGUUUCGGUGGGCCAGCCAUCUGUGCUGCCCUCACCGCCUUCCAGAACUACUUGCUGGAGUCACUCAAGGGGCUGGACAAGAUGUUUCUAAGCACUGCGGGCAAUGGGCAUGGUGACACUAAAGCUUCAGAGAAGGAUGCCAAGCAUCGGAAAUAACCGCUUCCCAGGCCCCAUCCCUAAGGGGCUCCCAAGGCCUGAAAUAAGGUCUUAGCUCCUGGGGGUGAGCCUGAAAGGAUUAAAACGAGGGGUUAGAGUAAGGCCAGAAAGAGAGCAUUCAUCCAGAGACCCCCCCCCGAGUUAGGGACCUGGGCUGGAAAAGGUGGGGAUGGCCUCUCUGUGGUGGUUUGAUAUAAGGGCCCUGUUGUUUGCAAUUUUCUGACCCUGGUUUGCUAAGUGCUUGAACAGGAAAUUGGCAUGGUUCUUGGGGCUGAGCCCUCCCCAUUAGGGCGCUUGGGCAGUGGUGGGUACUCUUAGGGUCCAAGGCCUUGCUGUUUUUACUGAUGGCAGGAGGAAAACUCUUGACAAACCAGAGGUGCUCCUGAGUUGGCACCCUUCAGCCCAGAAUCUUGACCCUCAAAAAUGGGGUGCUGGCAGGAAAACUCCAAUGGGUUCUUUGGACCCCUCCCACUCUUGGAAAGAAGUGGGCAGGAACAAAGAAGACAAAGCACAAAUUGUAGAACUUGAAUCCAGGCUGCACUUCACAGCCCUGUCAUUGUCUGCCCUAUUUAUUUGUGUGUUGUAAUUAAAUUUGAAAGUUUUAAAAUG